AAUAUCCAGACUGCAAUACUUUCUAGAAACCUGGAAGUGAUAUUCGCAAUUUCUAGAGCUCCUCUACCUUCGCCCUGUUAGACUCACCCAAUAGUGAAUACGCAUACUGCUACAGCAUUGUUGUAGUGUUAGGCUUAGAUUUUUAGCUAGCUGUGUUUCUACCGGCUCUGGGUACAUGAUCAUGAUCUGAUCGUAUGUGUUCAAUUGCAACUGUUACGACUACUCACGAUCACAGCACAAUCAUAGUCGUAUACAAGAAGUACCACUUGUGGUCAGAAGUAAGUAAUCUAGUCUUCUAUCGCCAAUAUUAGAAACAAAAAGUCUUGUCGUUGUCUACUGGAAAAAAAUGGGAGGCUCAGUCUCCUUACCAGUUGAGGAGCUCCCUCAGUCCCAACCGCCUUGGGGCCUCUUCGACGAGCGUACGAACAACAAGCCCGAUGGUUACGGUCCCAUCUUGUACAACGCUCAGUGUCGAACGGCGGAUGGAAAAUUCGCACUCAAGAAGACACUCCCCACAGGAGAGCAAUCUGGUACUUACACAAUGAUGUUGUUCAUCUUUUUUUCGAGGCUUAUAGAAUGUUGCUUCGACUGAAAAAGGCGAUCAUUAUCCCUCAUCCCUAUGGGGUAGAAGGAUGGCAUUUUUGGCAUUACAAGAUAUAAUUACGAGUCUUUGGAGGAUGGAACCACAUAUAAUGAACAGUGGUGGAGGUUUUCCUUGAGUCAUGUAAACGUGGCGGCGAUCGCGUUUGCGCUGGAUUCCGAAAGCUCAUCAAAACGCAUAUGGUUGCAGAGACGCCUGGUGGCAAGGAAUUCGAAAAGCUGGAAUUCGAAAAUAAGUACACGUGGCUCACCUGCAAACAAUACAAUUAAGGCGGGGAACAAGAAGAAUAUCAUGAAGUCGUAUACAAGAAUGAACAACGUCUCAAUCAUUAUCUUCAGUGAAACAAUCGUACACUGAAUGUGCACAAGAGCAACAUCAUGUUGAAAGUGCGAACAUAUGAUGUUCUUUUCUAUUUUAAUAAAACAAAUGACUCCAUAUUGAUGUUUUAGUAGGAGGACCUCUUCUACUAGGCAUAGAUGUCAAAUACCAUUUUUAAUAAGCAGCAAAAGUGUUCGAUUUUGCUGCAGGCUUUGACGCUUUCGCUGAGAAGAUCGGGGAGCGGAAUAAGGCUAAGAAAUCUUUUGAUCGGAGCAAGGUUGUGGUUUACGCCGAGACGCAGGUCGAUUGGCUCGCCUGUGCGCUUGCUGCGCUCUCCCGGGGUCUGCCGAUCGUCACUAUUUACGCGACGCUGGGGGAAGAUGGAGCGAAAUUCGCCAUGAACCAGACAAAAGCAGAAGUCGUCAUUUGCGAUUCCAAGCUUGUCAAAGUGCUUGUUGUUAUGCAAAAAAAUCAGCAUUCUUAUAAUCCUACCUUGAGAACUUUAGAAAUCGUCAGGGAAAUCUCAGGCAGACUGCCGAGUAGAUGCGCAUCAUCAUCAUAGUCCUACCUUGAAGAUAAAAAUCAAUAUUGAGAGUCUUGGAGUCUAGUGCAGGUCUAUCUUGCGCAAUUUUUUUUAUAUCUCAGCCUAUGAUCUUCAUAACGGUUCAUCUUUUAUUUUUGUAGCCGCUUCACUUCAUAAAAAAUAGAUUCAUCAAUGCGUCAAUCAAUCAAUCAAUCAAUCAAAGUCCUCUAUCUUUGUUUUGGAAUUCAACUUCGAGUUAUUGUCCCAGUGAUAAAAUUUCUCUCUUCUUCAUACUGCCGAUUGCGAAGGAUUUGCCAAACCUGAAGUACGUGAUUACAAUGGGCGGCGCGGGCGGGAUGGGUCAAGCAAUUGACGCCUCAAUUUUGGCGAAAUUGCCGCCAACGGUCAAAGUAACCAGCGUCUCCGAUUGCAUCUCGAACGGGGCAGCGUUAAGGGGUGAUACCGAAGAUUACAUGACGCCCACGCCAGAUGAUCUUGCGGUCAUCAUGUACACGUCAGGUAGAACCUUGUUUUAUAACACACGAUCGCCUUCCACCUAGCAUGACGUCGUGAAUCUGUUUUAGGACUAUCAUACACUGCUACACCUACAGCUUCUCUUCAAAAAAUAAUACUACUGUUUCUUAGUGGUUGACGAGUCCUCCCUAUAGCUAUAAUCAUCCGUUCCUUAUCAUACACUGUUACCGCUUCAAAAAUAUGAUGAAUAACAUUUUUUUACUAGGUACAACGGGUCCACCGAAGGGCGUGAUGAUGUCACAUGGAAAUUUUGUUGCAUGCAUCGUUUCCGCAACGCGGUGUCUGUCGAUUCUGAAGCUGGACGAAUGCCCGCCUGGGGUUACCGGAGGAUUACCCGAUCAAGUAGAUUAACUACAUCUUUUUAUGUGUGAGUAAGUAUUUGAAUGCUUAGAGGCAAAGACCCUCGAUGAAGUACAAGAAGCUCAUAUUUUCUAGUAGUCUUACUAGUCACUAGUAGAACAAGAAACUACUUUCAUGAAAGUCUGUUUUUCUGAGGAAACAAAAUUGAAGCAGCAGCGGUCAGCGCGCGUCGCGUGUGCUUCUUUUCAAAUAGUAAUCUCAUUGUAGAAUUCUCGCAAAGUAGUCUUCUUGGAGCAUUUUUCUCUUUUUUGGUUGACGUAGUCAAUCAACGGCGGCGAAAUUGAACUAUGAAAAGGGCGCGAAGACAGUACCGAAUCGGUGCCUUUCUUGCAGGGCGGAAGACGGGGGCCCCGCAGCUCCCGGCAGCCUCCCAGAUAAUGUAAAAUUUAGAUAUUUCAUCCACCUGCUAGUACUUCUGAAAAUGACUGUGAACAACGCAGCAAUCAGAAGCAUUGAAGAAUACAUUUUCAGUUUUGACAGGGUCUCACGACAAGAUGCCAUAGUAGAAGUUGAAAGUAAUUUUACAACUAUACAUGGAGAAUUUCUAGAGUGUAGAAAAACAAGGACAAAAACAAAAGUUACUCUGACACAGUGAUAACGAGUGAGGGCAAAACGACUACAACUACACCACUUCACGUGUGCCGACUGCGUGCGACCAUAAUAAUCGAUUAGUCAUCUGUGUGCCCGUGCGACCAGAAUAGUUGAGUAGUGUGGAGAGUAGAAGGCUCCACGCGAUCAGUUGCAGCGACGCCCCAAUUAUUUUCUAAACACACAACAUUCUUAUGUUUUCGCUUCAAACAAGUUGUCAUUACCAUGACCGGUAUUAGCUAUCGCUACGUAACCGUCAUCACAACUACAGUAAUUCGAGCAAGUGCAAGUCCUACGACGUUGCUUGAUGAUAAAAAGACCCCUGCUUACUCGGCAUAGUCUGGCAAGGCGGGUGGAUAAACUCAAUGCUCUUCCUAUAGAGAAUGCGAACAGUUUCUGCACCAAUUCAUCAAGAAUUCACACGAAGAACGCUGGCCCAACUCCUAUCUUAUCUUCCGCUGUCCUAUCUAUGAAUAACCAACAACCUCCACCAUCGAUCUACUCACAACCAUCAAUUGAUUCUUGCACAUCCAUUAAUUCACAAGAACUACAAUAACAGGUAUUUAUGGCAUGUCUUCCGAUGGCACACAUCAUGGAACUGGCAGUGGAGGUGGUUUGCAUCAAUAAGGGCGUCGCUUUAGCAUACGGAAGUCCACAUACCCUCACACCAGCUGGCGUCAAGUUAAGGCUCCUUUUCUACUUGUCGCCCUUUCGGAAACACACUAGUCCAUAUUAAAUCCAAUACUUCUGUGUUUGAUCAAGAUCAUCAGCACCCUUCGGCUUAACCAAGCGACAUUUAAUGUUGCAUGAACGGCACGUACUUCAAAUGAACAGGAAAACUAACACGAAAUUAUGCGUUCUUGUAUACUAAAUGUAACUUAUGGUACUGCUUGCUUCUAAUUUGGCUGAAAGUGCCAGAGUCGAAGGGUGACGCAGAAUUAGCGCAACCGACGUUCAUGGUUCUGCCGCCUGCGGUCUUGGAAAAGGUUUACGCGAAGAUCAUGGAAGGCGCGAAUGCAAAAUGGUAUACGGUUACUUUUUCCCUCAUAUCCUAGGUUUAUCCCAUCAAACAGGGUAUGCAACAAUCGUUGCACACGACACUACCUCCUCCACUAAUGUGCUGUUCCUUCAAUGUUGUUUAGUACUGCAAUGUUUACACGUCACGAACACGGACUCAACACAAUGAACAGGAUUUCGAGUUGGCUCUUUAACUACGCUUUGGAGCAGGGUGACCGCAGUAUUGCAACUGGAGAGGGUAUCGGCGCGUCGAAAAUCGCAAAUUCCAUCGUUUUUGCGAAGCCGCAGGCGCUACUAGGUGGUCGUCUCAAAGCCAUCGGUUCCGGUUCUGCGCCUCUUUCUGCGGAACUCCACAAAGCGCUCCAAACCAUCUUCAGCUGCCCGAUUAGGAUCGGUUACGGGCUCACGGAGACGAUGGCAAUCGCAGUGGUAGGCGAAUGGCCCGAUAUGGACUUCGGCGUGUGCGGACCACCAACGGAAAGCUGCAUGCUGCGACUCGCGGACUGGCCAGAUGGAAACUACCUCAACGCGGACGUUUUCAACAAGGCCGUUGUUAUGAAAGACAAAGACGAUUACUUACUUGUUCAAAUAAGUUGUCCUGCUCUGAGUAAUUUUUGGAUUCAUCCCUUCUUGACUCGUGGCCGCAGACCGAUCGAAAACAGAUCUAGAAGUUUAGACUCAUACUACAAUCAUCGUAGGAGAAGACUCUGUCAGUCUCACAUGAUGUCGUGUUGCUGUCGUGUAGAACAAGGAAGUGUUGGUGGUAGACACUCUCUGUUCGCAUACAUCAUUCUUAUCUUCUUCUCUAAUGUCCGCAUGCCGCGUGGCGAAGUUUUGAUUGGGGGACCUCUGGUUACAUUGGGAUACUACCAAGACCCGUCCAAUCCAGACCCGGAGCUGGUCAAGAAAAACAAAGAAGAAUACGUGGAAAUGAAUGGUGCAAGGUGGUUUCGCACAGGAGAUAUCGGGCAGAUCAACAGGAACGGCGUCCUGCAAAUCAUUGUUAUGGAGUCACUGUAAUGAAGGUGAAUAAGAUUGUAGCAGUGGCAGUUGCUAGACUGUUGUUAUCUCGUUACAUCAUGAGCCCAUCCUCCAUCUGUAUAGAGAAAGAAGAGGCACACGUGCUGGGGUGUUUUAGAUACACUCGGUCGUCUGAGCGACGAAGAAGUACUACUUGAAAUGUCGACCAUGUUGUAGAUGAUCAUUGUUUUUCGUGCACGCACACCCAUUCUUUCUAAUCCCGAUCGCAAGAAAGAUUUGUGGAAAGGUCCGCAGGGUGAGUACGUGGCUUUGUCGAAGAUUGAGAAUAUUAUGAAGCUACUACCCUUCGUGGAUAACGCAAUGAUGUACGGAAAAACGGGUGGAGCCUUCCCGGUCCUAUUCGUGGUGCCAAACGAAAAAGCGCUCGCAGCGAUUGCGGCUGAAUGUGGCAGCAGCGCAUCCGGACUCGAAGCUCUGUGCACUGACGCGAAGGUAAUCGGUUCUGUACAGAGCAAUAUGGAGAUGGAGAUCAUUCAAGCUAGCGGAGCCACUAUUUGACUCGUCACUGAAUGACUUUUUUUGCACAAGAACUUUAGUACGACGGUGUAUAUACCCAGAAUACUAUUUGUGAACGAAUUAAUAUACACAAAAUUUUUGACUUCUUACAGCCUGAUGACUGUACAUUGUCAUUAUAGUUGUAGAACAAGUCGAUCCUGAUAACUAAAUGUCAAACUUGAUGAAACUCAAGGUUGCUGAAGCGGUGAAGACAAAGGUAAACGCUCACUGCAAGGAGGCGAAAAUGGUUGCUUUCGAGUUUCCUCAGAAAAUCCACCUAUGCAAAGAUGUCUGGGCUCCGGAGAUCAACGAACUGUUAACGGCACAGCUGAAAUUGAAGCGACCACAAAUCGUCGCUUUUUACAAAAAUGAAAUUGACAAGAUGUACGCCUGAUCAUCUGCUUUACAACAUGUCUACUGGUAAUGAUGUUGUCAUAGUCCACCUGAUUUUUUUGAGGUGGGCCUUGGCCCUCGACGGAACGGAAGAGGAUUUAAGUCAGGCAAACCCUUAUAACUACACUAGAAGUAUCGAAAAAAUAAUAACUCCGCCCAGAACGCGUGUCUAUGAUAUCUCGCCCUUGACUAUAAUCGCAAUCUAGUUCCUUCACAUUUCUACUUUAUUCAUCAACAAUGACACGAUGAUCAUGAUCACUCCUAAUACUACGUCUCACAACUUUUCUGCAUCCAUGGGAUGUCGAUAGUAAUCAAAUUGUCACCAAGUCUGAAAAAAGCCAAAGCAAGCCUUGUAUUUUUUGAUUAACAUCUUGCUAAUUCAUCUGAGUACGCUGAUAGGUGCGCAUAAGUAGUCCUAACUACUUUAGUCAAAAGAACAGAAUUAAAGGAUUAAACUCCUUGAGGUGGGUAUCUCAUUGCAAUGUACAUUUACGCCUUUUGAAUUAUUCACUCUGAGCCUCGUAUUGGAACAGCAAACCACGCAGCUAUCAUCAAAAGUUUUAAACUCCUAGAGUCUGUCUACAGGUCCCCGCUGCACUAACACGACAAAAGAACCACGCGGUUCCUGCUCUGCACACGCACCCAUCUCUUGUACAAGUUGAAAAAAACCAAGGGAGGUCUGCUUUUCCAUAUAGUUGAUCACUCAUAAUUAUUCAGAAUACGUGUAUUGGAAAAACGUGAUCUACUGAAGUCCACAUGUUGGAUGCAAUGGAGAUAUUACACGAG